AUGAGCUCUCAUAAAGCCAUGGACCUCAACUCCUUUCGCAAAGGUGUUAAGGAGGACUGGUUUGCAUCUUCAUCUGCAUUCCAGAAGCAUGUCAUGUAUGGCAAACUUGACACGGGUGACCUAGCUGAUUCACAAUCGUUGAGAGCAGCAUGCGUCUACAUGCACUUUGGUUGGCUUCGAACCUGGAAGUGUUCCAAAUGCAAGGCAUCAACAGUGCUGCAACAAGGUCGUUCAUUGACAGAGAUUCUUUGGGUAUGUAGCCGCAAUCACAGCCACAAACAUUUCCGGAAGUCUGCAGAAGUACCAGCUUUGCCUUUUCUGAGAACUGGGAGUUGGAUGUCCUUUCUGCACUUUCUUGUCAUGAUGAAGAACAACAUGAAGAUCAAAACCAUAGAAGAAGAGCUUCACGGUGCUCACGAAGUCAGUCAUCAGAGGAUCUUCGUCUGGCAGCAGAAAUAUCAUGAUGCUAUACGGGCAUACGUUGACGCAAAAGCAACCUAUAGGAUUGGAGGUCCUGGAGCGCAUGUUGUCGUUGACGAGAGUGGUAUCGGCAAGGUCGGUUGGAUGGUUGGCAAGCAGGCUGUGAAAGCUGGUCGCAUCAUGAAAAAGCCUGCGAGAAUCGUUGCUAGAAAGCCUUGCAAAACGGUUUGGCAUCCUGCUGCAAAACCGCAUCCCAAGAAAAAAGCUGGGACCGCCUUGGACAAGCGCAAGAGCACCAGAUGGCUUUGGGUGGGCGUGGAGUGUGGCAAGAAACAAGUCAAGACGCAUGGUAAGGGAACCAAGAGGGUUGCACUCGAGAUACUUCCGCAUCCUGAAGCAGCUCCGUCGAAGAAACCACGAGGCAAGACAAGUUUGAAGAACGUCAUCGGCAAGCAUAUCAAGUCUCGCUCCACUGUUGUUUCAGAUGGCUGGCUAUCUACACAGAAAGCUGCUGAGGAGCUCAACCUUUCUUCGUCCGCAUGCAACCAUGCGAAAGGUUUCAGAGAUUUGGCGACUGGUGUACAUUCAAAGGAUGCCGAGUCGGAGAUCAGCCGGUUUAAGCUGUGGUGCCGAAGCAAGUGGUCCAAAGUGCGCACGGUCAACCUCAAAGACCAACUGCGGAAGAAGCAGAAGUUGGAUGGUAAAGUGGCUGAGUACAUGCUGCAAACCAAUGUUGGGGAUGCUAUGAAAGUUCCAAUGGGGGUUCUUUUGGAAGCUUUCGCAAUUGCAAGCAAAAGCUGCAAUUGGAAGCCGGUACUUCUGUGA